AUGGCUAACAGGAGUUUCACUGUCAAAUCAUUCGACAAUUUUCUGAACGAUGGCGGGUUAAGAUGCGGAUUUACAUUGACAAUCCUUAAAGGGCUCUGUCCCAAGAAAAUCAAUCUGUUCAACUGGCUGGCUCGUGCAAACAAAAUCUUAACUUUGGAAAUUCUCGGGCUGCGUAGAUGUAACCAUUAUCCCUCGAUCACAUGUGUUUUAUGUCACGCUAACGUUGAAUCAGCUGAUCACCUUCUUGUCCAAUGUCCAGUGGUUUCACACAUUUGGAAUUUUUUUAGCCAGCUUCUGGAUUUUAGGAGGGUCCCUACGUCACUUGCUGACCAAUGGGGUGCUUGGAGGAAAAGCAAUAAAAAACCUCUUAUUUUCCUCUGGGAUUUGAUUGCGCGGGCAAUCACUUGGAAUAUUUGGCUUGAACGAAAUGCACGCAUUUUCAAAUCUACUUAUUGUACAACUGUUUCUAUUAUUAUUAUUAAGAUUGAACAUAUGCUUUUUCUCUGGUUAUCUGCAGCCCCUGAUCCAAAGAAAGCAAAAUUGGAGGAGCCUGUAGCGAAGGUCAAGCGUAGCCUUGAUUUUCUCUCCUUUGCGGACCUGACUCCGAGCGUCCCCCCUGAGGGCCUACCGAACUCUGGCGCGAUUUAG